UAAUCAGACGUAGGUAUACAUAUGAUGUCAUAGAAGUCUACACUAAACAGUAUACUUUUACAUUCUUUAUUUAGCGUUUUGCUGCAUAUGUUGCUAACAUUUUUGGUUUCUAUUUGUCUAUUAGUAUUAUAACUGUGUUGCAUAAAAAUACAAAUUACCGUUUCAAUUGAUGAUUAUAACUGAAGAAACAUGGAUCUUUCAACUUGUCAAUUACUUGUGCUGUUUUCAAUAUUGAAUGCAGUGCUAGCGGGUGACAUGAUGAGAAAAUCGAUUGUGUAUGACAAAAAAACCCCUAAUGUAUUUUAUUGUCCUUUAAAUAAACCUACUGGUUUUGAUAAAUUGCUUGUACAUUCAAGGCCACUGAAAAAAUUAUGUGAAUUUGAUGGAAAACCUUUACCUGAAGACUAUAAAUCCGACUGUUUUCAAGAUGUCGAUGAAACUGAAUAUGCUUGUAAGGAAAAAUACAGAAUCAUGAUGCGUCUUCACCCACCUGGUACCGAUGAUGAUAAAGAGAGUACAAAAUGGGAAAAAGCAUAUAAAAAAGUAGUCAGAAAACGUAAAAGACAACAAUCACAAUAAAAAAUUUAAGAUAGAAAAAUAUUGAACUAUUUAUUUUUCAAUAUAUAACAUAAAGUUUCAGGGUAUCAUACAAAAUAAUAUAUAAACUAGUGUUACACAGAGUAUCAUGUAUACCAUUUAUAAUUUCAGUUAAUGAUAGUACUAAUAAGUAAUAGUGUAACAUGUACAAAAACCAUUUAU